AUGACCUCCAACGCCGACAAUGCCAUGGCUCGAUUCCUCUUUGCCAUUCUCAAGCAAAAGAAUCUCAAAGACAUUGACUGGAAUCAAGUCGCCAACGAUCCUGUUCUGCUGCAGCCCAUUACGAAUGGCCAUGCUGCUCGGAUGAGGUACUCUCGCUUCCGCGCCACCAUCACCGGCCACGAGCCCACAAAGAGACGCAACUCCGGCGAGAAGUCGAGCAAGGUGUCCAAGACCUCCUCCCGCCGAGAAUCCUAUGCCAAGAAGGACACCAUUGUCAAGUCCGAGUCCGGCGUCAGCCUAGCCUCGUAUCCUCAGUUCACCCCCGACGUCUCUCCCUACAUGGGCGACCUCGGCGACGACUUUGACAAUCCUCGCUUCAUGACUCCCUGCAGCGACGACAUGACGCAACCGCUGUCCCUCGACCCCUCGGCGAUCCAGAAGAUCCCCUCGCACACCGGGUACACCCUCAGUGCGAGCCCCGAGUUUCUCAAGCAGGAGCCUGGCCUUGAAGGCCCAAUCGACAUGUCCGCCUUUGAAGCCGCCAUCGACAUGGGCAACUUUGGCAGCGCCUUCGACCUCGCCACGCAGACAGAGCUCACCGCCUCACAGGCCCUCUGGGACGAUCAGUUCCAAGACGGACAUUUUUAA